AUGGAGAAAAGCGAUAUAGAAGUGUCGGGGUCUAGCGACCAUAUAGAUGGUCCAGUCCAGACCACGCCUAAGAGAGAACUUGAGGAUCCAGAUGCUCAUUUGAGUGAGGAAGAGAGAAAGAAACUCGUAGGUUUCGUGAUGUACAUGUUCUGGAAUAAAAAGACAAUCGCUGAGAGAUGCUUCUUAGACCGAACCAAUGUCGGAAAUGCAAAGCUUGAGGGUCUUCAGAAAGAUCUACGCCUCACUGAUGGCCAAUAUGCCGCAGCUUUGACGAUAUUCUUCGUCUCCUAUUCCGUAUUUGAGCCAUUGACAAACAUUCUACUCAAACGACUAAGGCCCAGCAUUUUCAUUCCAGUUAUAAUGAUAAUAUGGGGUAUUUGCAUGACCACUAUGGGCUUAACUACGAACUUUCCUGGUUUUAUGGCAGCUAGAUGGUUCCUAGGUUUCAGCGAAGCAGGCCUUUUCCCUGGAGUAGGCUAUUUCUUGUCCUGUUGGUAUAGACGAACCGAAUUUGGUGUUCGCAUGGCUAUCUUCUUCUCUGCCGCAGCCGUGGCUGGCUCGUUCGGCGGUCUACUUGCUGCAGCGAUUGCCAAAAUGGAUGGUGUGGGGGGCAAAGCUGGCUGGGAAUGGAUAUUUAUUCUCGAAGGCCUUGCUACCAUUGUCAUUGCUGUGGCAUCGUUCUGGAUGGUGCAGGACUUUCCUGACACCGCAACAUUCCUGUCUGAAGACGAUCGAAAACGUGUCAUUCUUCGGCUCUCAAAGGACAAGCAAUCCAGUGCAGGACACGAAGACUUUAAGAUGUCAUACUUCUGGGCCAGUGUAAAAGACUGGAAGACUUAUGUCUCUGCUUUCAUAUACGCUGGAUGCGUUGGUCCGCUCUACGCAUUUUCACUCUUUCUUCCAACCAUCAUUAAAGAAUUGGUAAGAUUUACCUCUUCUUAUUUCCUGUUUAUUCUUCUAGUGGUAUUAACACUAAUUUGCUCUGUUCUAGGUUACAUAGGAUAUCAAUCAACCAUGGCGCAGCUACUCUCCGUCCCUCCAUAUGUUGCCGGUUGUUUUUUGACCAUCGUCGUCGGACUCUUUGCUGAUCGCACCAAAAUGCGUGGGCUAUGCAACAUCGGCGUAUCGCUUAUUGGAAUUAUUGGAUUCAGUAUGCUUCUUGGGGCCAAGUCCCCCGAGGUACGGUAUGCUGGGACAUUCCUAGGUGCAAUGGGCAUCUACCCGUGUAUCCCCAAUACGAUAUCAUGGGCUAGUAACAAUACUGAGGGAGUGUAUAAGCGUGGUGUUAGUCUUGGCUUUAUCAUUGGCUGGGGAAACCUCAACGGAGUGGUAUCCUCCAAUAUUUAUAGAGCAGAAGACGCCCCAGGCUUCUUUCCGGGCCAUGGAACGGUAUUGGGGUAUAUGAUAGUGUUCCUUCUUGGUGGUAGUAUCUUGCAGCAUGUUCUCCUGAGAAUUGAGAACGGGAAGAGGAUCCGAGGCGAGCGGAAUGCAUGGGCCGAAGGGCAAGAUGCCUAUGGUAUUGAAAUGCUGGGAGACAAACGGCCAGACUUUAUCUAUACACUUUAA